AUGAGAGAUAAAGUGCCCUUGCUAACCGCCCCGAUGGAGCUCGGUGGCGAAGUGUUUACGAUGGGGCUGGCCCUCAAGCUGCAGAAGGUGCCGCCGGGAUCGAUGGUCGAUUUCACAGAGUUCCGCCGGGAAAACUCCAACACUGCCACCUUCGCCAGCGACUGGGACAGUUUGCAGGGUCCGGAUGUUGCGGGCAACAAUACGGCCGGCCCGUUCGAGGAGUACGAACUGUUCUACCGGCACUCCUACACGAUGACCGCCGUCUACUGUGUCGCGUACUUUAUCGUCUUCAUCGUUGGCCUGGUCGGCAAUAGUUUCGUGAUCGCGGUCGUGUUUCGCGCCCCGCGAAUGCGAACGGUGACGAACUUCUUCAUCGUGAACCUGGCACUGGCGGACGUGCUGGUGAUAGUGUUCUGCCUGCCCGCGACACUGAUGAGCAACAUUUUUGUGCCGUGGAUGCUCGGUUGGUUGAUGUGCAAAACCGUACCCUACAUACAGGGCGUAUCCGUGGCAGCAUCCGUCUACAGUUUGAUAGCCGUUUCGCUCGACCGAUUCCUUGCCAUCUGGUGGCCGCUGAAGCUGCAGAUCACGAAACGCCGGGCACGGUUUAUGAUCGUCUGUAUCUGGAUCAUUGCGCUCGGCUCGACCGUACCGUGGGCGCUAUUUUUCGAGCUCGUGCCCAUCAUACCGGAGGCGCCCGACAUCAAGCUGUGCGUCGAGGUGUGGCCUCCGGGGACGGAUGGGGCGCUCUACUUUCUGUUAGCGAAUCUUGUUGCCUGUUAUCUGUUGCCGAUGACGCUUAUCACCAUCUGUUAUAUACUGAUCUGGAUCAAGGUCUGGCGCCGCUCGAUUCCGGGCGAUUCGAAGGACGCCCAGAUGGACCGGAUGCAGCAAAAGUCCAAAAUCAAAGUUGUUAAAAUGCUUGUUGUAGUUGUUAUACUGUUCGUUCUUUCCUGGUUACCUCUGUAUGUUAUCUUCGCCCGCAUUAAGCUGGGCGGGGCGCUCGAAAGCAGCGAAGAAGAGCUGCUGCAGAUCGCCACACCGAUUGCCCAGUGGCUCGGUGCAUCCAACUCGUGCAUCAAUCCGAUCCUGUACGCGUUCUUCAAUAAAAAGUACCGGAAAGGGUUUGCGGCGAUCAUACGCUCGCGCAAGUGCUGCGGACGGCUACGGUACUACGAGACGGUUGCGAUUGCUUCCUCCUCGACCAGCACACGGAAGUCGUCGCACUACCACAACAGCACUAAACGGGCCGGCGGCAGUCCAUCGGUCAAAUCGGCUGAUGUGGUUUCGUACAUCUACGAGGAGAAGGGUGGCCGCAAACAUCAUGCCAUCUCGAAGCAGAACAGCGACCUCUCGCGGCAUAUGCUGCUGAAGCAGGACAGCAGUAUUUCACGACAGUCGCUACUGCUGAAGCAGGAUAGUGUUGCGUCACGGUCGGCGAUCCUGUACCGGCAGGACAGUGACAAUUCGCGACAGAUGCUGCUAAAGCAGGACAGCAACAGCUCGCGAGACAUGCUGUCGAAGCAGUGUUCCGCCUCGGAUUCGAUAUCGCGCCAAGACUCGCAGAUCUCCUACAUCGAUCCACCGCGCAAGGGCAUCCUCUGCAAGCAGGACACCCAAAUCUCGUACAUCGAGCAUACCGGACCGGGUGGUAUGCUGGCCAGCAAUGGUGUUGGUACUCCGGCCAGCAAGAAGUACUCGGCAUCGCUGUCCUCCCAGGACAGCGUACUGUCCAUUAUCGAGCACAAGCGCCACAAGCUGGUAAAGCAGGACUCGAUCUUUUCCUUCAACGAGCCGAAAUCAGUGUACGAAAGUGCCACACCGGCACCGUUCAAGCGGCACCAGCUCGUCAAGCAGCACUCGGUCAUAUCGUUCGCGGAUCAGAAGCGGGGCGGCAGCCUGACCAAGCAGGACUCCGUCACGACCAUCCACCGGGCGGGCAAUGGCGAAGGUCCGUACAUUUCCUCCAUCCUGAAGAAGACCGAUUCGCAGUGCAGUUCCGCAUCGCCGGUACGCAAGAAUAUCGGAUUUUUCGACGGCUAA